CGCCGUGCGGAGCUUUUGCCGUGGCUGUACGCUGCGCGCGCACGCACACCCGACAGAUAGCAGGCUUAAGACAGUGCGAGGCCAAGUGUAAUUGUGCCGGCUUUCAGCGCGACUCGACAUGUCAUUUCUACGGGGCCUGUGGAGGAGCAAUUCCAAGCACAAAAAGCUGUGCGAGGAAUGGGCGUUGGCCAACAGCUGCGAGUCGGUAGGCCCAAGCACGUCGAGUGGGAGCACCAGUGCCAGCGCGAGCAGCAGCAGAACGGGUCCCGAGGACGCCGAGGCGGCGCCCGAGACAAGUUUCACACUGAAGUAUCUGGGCAGCACGAUGGUCGAGUCGCCUAACAGCGAGGAGGAGACGGCCGAAGCUAUCAAGACCAUCAUGACCGUGGCGAAGGCCAGUGGUAAGAAAGCAGCCAGGGUUUCGCUGGCUGUAAGCCUCAGGGGUAUCCGCAUGACGGACCUCACUACCGAAGAGGAACAGCUUCGCAUCUCGAUAUACAGGAUUUCCUACUGCUCGGCAGACGCGGCGUACCCGCAGGUGUUCGCUUUCAUAGCGACGAACCUCAACGAGACGAUGGAGUGCCACGCCUACGAGUGCGCCAAGCGCAAAGCCGCUCACUCGGUCUGCCUGACCGUGGCUCAAGCCUUCAACGCAGCCUACGAGCUCUGGCAACUGUCGCAGCUCGACUCCAGAAUGUAUCACGCCCACGACAAGAGUCCCAAGCUCGCCGACGACAAGAAGGACAAGAAGGCGGACGACUCCGACUCGGACACGGACGAGGAGGCCAGCGGCAGCCAGAAGAACCUAAUACUGAUCGACCUCGCCAAGGACGCCAAGGCGAGGAGCGCCGUGAAGACCGAGGCCUGGACGCACGCGAGCUCCGACAUCGAUGACGCUGGUAGCGAGAGUCUCAUCAAUUUCGAUGAUAACCACUUUAGCCCCGUUGACUGCCGAGUAUCGUUCGUGGACGAGACGGCCAGUGCGAACGACGACGGCAUAGCGCUUGAGCAAAUGAAGUCGCCAACGAGCAGCGUAUCGAGUACGAGCAGCGGUCAAGCGAUGAUGCCAGCAGAGUCGAAAGCGGAAAUACCGACAAAAGGUCCGCCCGAUCUAGUUUGCACCUCGUAGCACUUCAGCGACGUGCCCCUCAUUACGGGCCUUUGGAAACAGCUGUCGACCGGGGAACCCUAGUCACAGUUACACGCACGCCUUUUGCAUCGGGGUUCCUUCAUCUGCGUCUAUUCAGCGAAAGUAACGUAACGAUAUCGACUGUGUAGCAAUAGUUGGAUUUUAGAUUGCCCCAGACUUGGAAAUCCAUUGCAAGUGUGAACGAUCAAAAAGAAAUUUUUACCCAAUUCAUCAUUGAAUUUUACGUUUUCCUUCAUCUGGCAAUUAUUCACGUGUAAAUGCGGAUACCUGUGUCUCAUGGCGAAUAUCUCAAACGAUACUAAACUCAUCAGUCUGUCUGAUAACUUGGGCUAAUUAUUUUUAGGCAAUAAAUUCGUAGAUAACAGCAAUUGAUAGAUAAGUCUGAAUAGUCUCAAUUACCGGUCGAAAGCCAAAGUGUCAACUAGUAAAUGUUCGUUAUACUAAGUCUCGUUUCUUCAACUCACGUUUACAUGGUGAAUGAUAUACAUGCUGUGCGUCGGCAUUAACAUUAUUCGUAAAUCUAUACAACUGCCCGUCCAAAACAUUCGUCGAAUUCGUUUCAAUUUCGUCAAUCGAGAUUUAUCAAUCAAUAUUAUACUUCUUUAAUAAUUUCUAUUUCAAUGUCCUUUUUCUUCGUCAAAAUCCACUGAGUAUUAAAUAAUACACGUGCCAAAUCGUCGUAAACAAAGUUGUUGUACAAAAUAUGUGUAUACUCAACUUGCUGAAGGAACUCAGCGAGAAAUGGACGAAAAUCAUUAACAAUUCCGUGCAAUAUAGUUUUGUUAAUAACAAAAUUCUCAAAAGUCACUCGCAGAUCAGUAGAAAUUGAAUAUGCGUAGCGUUUUAAUACGCUAUUUAUAGAAACGAAUGAAAUGACGCGCAAUUUUUCUAUCCAAUCAAAAUAUUAUAGCCAUUCAAGAAAUAAAUAUUAUUUCUCAUUACAACAAUUACGUACGUGAAAAAGAUCAGUCGGUAAUAUAGAUCUACACUUUCGUAGGGCAAAACCCUCUUGCGCCCUCAUAAUAAAAACUUUAUUAAUAUAAACGAGUUAUUUUUUGGAAUAACCAAUAAUGUUAAUAAUAAUGUUAACUAUUUGGUAGAAGCGGAUUUUGUUGACCCAGAUAACCAGCCCCAGAGUACUUAAAAUUAUUGAUUAAUGAAAAAAUAACCCAUCAUUAUCAAUACAGCUCUUACACUGGCAUUCUUGAGAAGUUAUUGUCUAUGCAUGUUAAAGUAGUUGAUAUUGCUGGAUAUUUAGAAAAUAACCCAUGUUUAUGAAUACAACCCUUUUGAGAGCGUAGUACUUCUUGAGUUUACGUUUUCUACUAACCUUUCAGAUGCAUAUAAUCGCUGUAAUGAGAAAUAUUUAUUUUUUUGUAAUGAAUAGUUAUAAUGAUAUUUUGAUUGGAUAGAAAAAUUGCACAUUCAUUUUUAUAAAAAUCGAAUGAAAACGCUACGCAGGUUGAAUUUCUAUUGAUUUGGGAGUGUUCAACUUUAAAAAUUUUUUUAUUAAUGAAAUCUUCAUUGCGCGGAAAUAUUAAUGAAUUUUGUUAUUCUUGCCAAUCACCCGCAGUUUUUCUAUAAUUU